GAUCCGGACCCCACGUGACUACCAGUGUUCGGGACACCAUUUUGGCAGUAAAAAUGACCAGCGCCAGCGCCGAAGCUUUCAAACCGUCGGAGUACUCAUCUCACUUUAAUUCGAAUGAUAUUGAGCUUUAUAUUAAAAAAUUAAAUAGAUUAAAUAUUACCGACCCAUACAAUGCCCCCGGGGUGCUUUUCACAAGUAUCUCCGCUGAAAAAGACGUCCCAGAUCUGCAGUAUCCGGAUAUAUACAACUAUCUGAUAAACUUUCCAUCGUCCUUCUCGGGUGACUCUCUAAAAGCCUACAAAAGUUUGGAGGGUUACAAAUGGACUCAGUCUGGCUUUGUAACGAACAUCCAGCUGUGGAAUCUUCAAGCAAAAAAUUGCUUUAUCAUCACUGGAAGGGUUAAUCAUUCCCAAAGGCUUAAUGACCCGCAGUUAAAGCCAUGGAUGGUGGUGAAGAAUGAUGGGGUUGUCUUGGGAGCCCACUGCAAUUGCACAGCUGGACUUGGUGAGAGCUGUUCCCAUGUGUCAGCUGUGUUGUUCAGCAUAUGGCAGCAUAACAGUGGCAGAAAUGAAGCGAUAGCUGUAACAUCUAAGAAGUGCAAAUGGGCCACCCCAAGUGAGGACUCUGUAAAGAAAGUGGAGUAUCAGCAGGGCAAGGACAUAAUUUUUAACAACUCUCAACAAUAUAAAAAAGGACAAUCUUCAAAAGGUCAUUCUGCCCCCCCAGCUUUCCCACCUCUGACCACAGCUGAGCAAGCCAAACUUUACAACAACCUCUCCCAAUGCCGCACACAAGAGGACCAGAUCAUCAAACCAGCAGUCCUGUCUGUUGUCAAAGAGUAUGCAGCAUCCUAUGUGCCAAAGGCUGUCAUGCUGGAUCUACCAGAACCCCUCACCAUCCUGUAUGACAAGCAGGCAAGAGACCUCAACCUGGCAGAGUUACAAGACCGAGCAGAAACACUAUUUGUAGACAUAGCUGUGACCAAAGAACAGGUACAGAACAUAUUUAUUUUGUUUAAAAUAACAGGAGCUAAUAACUGAAAUCUAAAAGCUAUCAUGUACUGCAUGUGUACAGUCUGUGCCAACUUAAAAUGUUAUGUGUAACAGUUUUGAUCGUCAUGUUUUCAGAGUGAUAUUGUAGAGGAGGAGACCAGAGCCCAGUCCAAGUCCAAAAUCUGGUUUGAGCAAAGGAGUGGUAGGGUAACAGGAUCUACCUUCAGAGCAGCCACAAAGACAGAUGUCAGAAAGCCUGCAGUGUCUCUGAUAAGACAAAUAUGCUACCCAAAGUCCCAUAAUUUCACCAGUGAGGCUACCAGGUAUUCAAGAGCAUAGAAGGGUUAGGAUAAAAUAGGGCAUGCAGUGUGUAUCUGCUCCUAUGUGUAAAACUUUAAUUUCCAGAUGGUCAAGUAGUAAAACCAAGUAGUAUCCUUUUGAAAGUGCAGGGAGGUACAAACGUGGGGUGGCAUUACUAUUGUCCAAAACUAAUGUGUUUUUUUUCAGAUGGGGAUGCCAGCACGAGGAAUUGGCAAGAAAAUACUAUGAAAUGCAGCAUCGCCUCUCACACACGGAUGUCAUGGUAGAAACAGCUGGAUUCAGGAUUUCACCCCUGCACCCAUUUAUUGGGGCCUCACCUGAUGGAUAUGUUUCCUGCAGCUGCUGUGGUUCAGGUGUCAUAGAAAUUAAGUGCCCAUUUUCUGUAAAGGACCUUUCUGUUAAUGAGGCAGUAGAUUCUGUUGCUCACUUUUGCCUUGAAAAAGAUGCGCAAGAAAAAAUUAGACUGAAGCGGGACCAUGCAUACUAUCAUCAAGUGCAGAUGCAGCUAUUUGUUACUGACAAACCAUAUUGUGAUUUCAUUCUGUGGACUUUAAGGGGAAGCACUUCACCAUUUGUUGAACGUAUCACACCUGAUGUGCAUUUCUUUCACAAAGAAUUGGAAUGUGCCCGUGACUUCUUUAAGAAAUGUAUCAUUCCAGAGCUGCUAGCCAAGUACUUUUCUGCGCCAAAACCAGCAGCAGCAGCUGAUCAUAGUCAACAACAGUGGUGCUACUGCCGUGAGCCAGAAGCAGGGAACAUGUUGGUCUGUGCAUCGGGUUUUUGUUCAGUUAAAAAGUUUCACCAAACCUGCCUUCCCAUGAAAAGGGUCCCAAAACAGUGGGUAUGUCCCAGCUGCCGAAAAGUAAUCAAUGCCCAAAAAACAAAAAAACCUGUGAAAUGUGUAAAUAGUAGUAGCUGAUACUGUACCCUUAUUUCUGAAUAAACAGUUGUAAAACCAGUAUUGUUCUCUUCCCCAUCAUUAGUAUUAAGUAUCUGUAGCAAUCAGGGAUAUGAAACACAGGUAGGUCAUUCAUAUCAAACACACCAGAACAAAUAUCUGGUUGAGUGGAAACUCAGUUAGAAUGGGUGGAUGU